GCAGCGUCUUGCCUUAAGCGGCGGCAGCAGCAGCAGCAGCAGCAGCAGCAGGAGAAGCAGCCCCAGCUAUGACUGCCGCAUGUUAAUAGCUGCCGCUUGGGUCCCUCGGCUGCUGCUGGAGACAGAGCCUGACUCCGAAGUUGUGCAACUGUGGACUGCGAGAGACAUUUGAACCCUCCUCUCUCUUUGCUCCGUUUUUACCCUCUUGGUGUGUGUGAAGCGAGGAAACGUGAAGGAAGACAAGCAUUUGGAUGUUUUUGUUUUUCCUUCCUCUUUCUCCCUGGCUGUGUAGCAGAAGAAAGGGGGAAGGAAAGACUUUUAGUUGGUGUCUCCGUGGCUGGGGUCUCCACCCUCCUGCUGCCUUCUCUGCGCUUUGGUUAUUAUUCUUUACCGCGUGUGGCGGGGGUGUCUUCGCUGGGACCGGCCUGUCUUUUGCCCCGGGCUCCAUGGCUGGAUUGUGGAAGCUGCACCCGGCUGCAGAUUGUUGAACAACUGAUGGGACGAUCUCAGGGACCGGCGGUUGCGAAAGAAAUGUUCAAAUGUCCAGUAAAUUGGAGGAAAAAAAACAUGGACUUUUAGCAACUGAAGAGCAAAUUAAGGAACUUCCAAACUGCUUUGCAAAGUGGCUGCUGCAUUUUACAUUCCCACCAGAAAUGUACGUGUUCCAAUUACACCAUAUCCUUGCCAAAAGGAUUCAGAAUUGGGAUAUUGGUGUUUCUGUUUUUGAGGAAUAUUUCUUUUUGAGUUUUUUUUUUUUAAUCAUCGGUCUUGGAAUACAGAAGAGGAACUAGAAAUACACUAUUUUGUUUCACGUUUGGAGCUCUCACUCCUGAGGCACUCUCAUGCCCGAGUACACAGCCAUGUGGCCAUCACAGCUACUAAUCUUCAUGAUGCUCGUAGCACCAAUAGUUCAUGGUGGCAAGCACAAUGAGCGACAUCCAGCCCUCGCUGCUCCACUGCGACAUGCUGAGCGCAGCCCAGGAGGCGCUCUGCCACCCCGACAUCUCCUUCAGCAGCCAGCUGCAGAGCGCGCCACUGCUCAUCGCGGACCAGGGCCCCGUGGAGCUACCAGAGGAGUUCGUGGUCCAGGUUCCCAAGGAGCCCAGAGUGCAGCCCAAGCUUUCAGCCGUGCCCCAAUUCCGAUGGCUGUGGUCCGCAGAGAACUCUCCUGUGAGAGCUACCCCAUAGAACUCCGCUGUCCAGGAACAGAUGUCAUCAUGAUUGAAAGUGCCAACUAUGGGAGGACUGAUGACAAAAUUUGUGACUCUGACCCUGCUCAGAUGGAGAAUAUACGAUGCUAUCUGCCAGAUGCCUAUAAGAUUAUGUCUCAAAGGUGCAAUAACAGAACCCAGUGUGCAGUGGUGGCAGGUCCUGAUGUUUUUCCAGACCCGUGUCCGGGAACCUAUAAAUACCUUGAAGUGCAGUAUGAAUGUGUCCCUUACAAAGUGGAACAAAAAGUUUUUCUUUGUCCUGGACUACUAAAAGGAGUAUACCAGAGUGAACAUUUGUUUGAGUCCGACCACCAAUCUGGGGCAUGGUGCAAAGACCCUCUGCAGGCUUCUGACAAGAUUUAUUAUAUGCCCUGGACCCCCUACAGAACUGAUACCCUGACCGAAUACUCAUCCAAGGAUGACUUCAUUGCUGGAAGGCCAACUACAACCUACAAGCUCCCUCACAGGGUGGAUGGCACAGGAUUUGUAGUGUAUGAUGGAGCUUUGUUCUUCAACAAAGAGCGCACCAGGAACAUAGUAAAGUUUGAUUUGCGGACUAGGAUAAAGAGUGGAGAGGCUAUCAUAGCAAAUGCCAAUUACCAUGAUACCUCCCCUUACCGAUGGGGAGGCAAAUCUGACAUAGACCUGGCAGUGGAUGAGAAUGGGCUAUGGGUAAUCUAUGCAACAGAACAAAACAAUGGUAAAAUUGUCAUUAGUCAAUUGAACCCUUACACCCUACGGAUUGAAGGGACUUGGGAUACUGCAUAUGAUAAAAGGUCAGCUUCCAACGCAUUUAUGAUUUGUGGGAUUCUGUAUGUGGUCAAGUCUGUAUAUGAGGAUGAUGACAAUGAGGCCACAGGGAAUAAGAUUGACUACAUUUACAACACUGACCAAAGUAAGGAUAGUUUGGUGGAUGUACCCUUCCCCAAUUCAUACCAGUACAUAGCAGCUGUGGAUUACAACCCCAGGGACAACCUUCUUUACGUGUGGAAUAACUAUCACGUCGUGAAAUAUUCUUUGGAUUUUGGACCUCUGGAUAGUAGAUCAGGGCAGGCACAUCAUGGACAGGUGUCCUACAUUUCUCCACCAAUUCACCUUGACUCUGAGCUAGAAAGACCCCCUGUCAGAGAAAUCUCUACCACAGGACCUCUUGGCAUGGGAAGCACCACCACCAGUACCACCCUGAGGACCACAACUUGGAGCCAGGGCAGGAGUACCACCCCAUCAGUGUCAGGAAGAAGAAACCGGAGUACCAGCACCCCAUCUCCAGCUGUCGAGGUGCUUGACGACAUUACCACACACCUUCCAUCAGCAUCGUCCCAAAUCCCAGCUCAGGAAGAGAGCUGUGAGGCUGUGGAAGCCCGAGAAAUCAUGUGGUUUAAGACCCGUCAAGGACAGGUGGCAAAGCAGCCGUGCCCUGCAGGAACUAUAGGAGUAUCAACUUAUCUAUGCCUGGCUCCUGAUGGAAUCUGGGAUCCCCAAGGACCAGAUCUUAGCAACUGUUCUUCUCCUUGGGUCAACCACAUAACACAGAAGUUGAAAUCUGGAGAGACAGCUGCCAACAUCGCGAGAGAGCUGGCUGAACAGACAAGAAAUCAUUUGAAUGCUGGAGAUAUCACCUACUCAGUCCGUGCCAUGGAUCAGCUGGUAGGCCUCCUAGAUGUACAACUCCGGAACUUGACCCCAGGUGGAAAAGAUAGUGCUGCACGCAGUUUGAACAAGCUUCAGAAAAGAGAGCGCUCUUGCAGAGCCUAUGUCCAGGCAAUGGUCGAGACAGUUAACAACCUCCUCCAGCCACAAGCCUUGAAUGCAUGGAGAGACCUGACUACAAGUGAUCAACUACGUGCAGCCACCAUGUUGCUUGACACUGUGGAAGAAAGUGCUUUUGUGCUGGCUGAUAACCUUUUGAAGACUGACAUUGUCAGGGAGAACACAGACAAUAUUCAAUUGGAAGUUGCAAGGCUGAGCACAGAAGGAAACUUAGAAGAUCUAAAAUUUCCAGAAAACAUGGGUCAUGGAAGUACUAUCCAGCUUUCUGCAAAUACUUUAAAACAAAAUGGUCGGAAUGGAGAGAUCAGAGUGGCCUUUGUCCUUUAUAACAACUUGGGUCCUUAUUUGUCCACGGAGAAUGCCAGCAUGAAGUUGGGAACAGAGGCCAUGUCCACCAAUCAUUCUGUUAUUGUCAAUUCCCCUGUUAUUACAGCAGCAAUAAACAAGGAGUUUAGUAAUAAGGUUUAUUUGGCUGAUCCUGUGGUGUUCACUGUUAAACAUAUUAAGCAGUCCGAGGAAAAUUUCAACCCUAACUGUUCGUUUUGGAGCUAUUCCAAACGCACAAUGACAGGUUAUUGGUCAACACAAGGCUGUCGGCUCCUGACAACGAAUAAGACGCACACUACAUGCUCUUGUAAUCACCUAACCAAUUUUGCAGUGCUGAUGGCACAUGUGGAAGUUAAGCACAGUGAUGCGGUCCAUGACCUUCUUCUGGAUGUGAUCACAUGGGUUGGAAUUUUGCUGUCCCUUGUUUGUCUCCUGAUUUGCAUCUUCACAUUUUGCUUUUUCCGUGGGCUCCAGAGUGACCGUAAUACCAUCCACAAGAACCUCUGCAUCAGCCUCUUUGUAGCAGAACUGCUCUUCCUGAUAGGGAUCAACCGAACGGACCAACCAAUUGCCUGUGCGGUUUUUGCUGCACUCUUACAUUUCUUCUUCCUGGCUGCCUUCACCUGGAUGUUCCUGGAGGGCGUGCAGCUCUAUAUCAUGCUGGUGGAGGUUUUUGAGAGUGAACAUUCCCGCAGGAAAUAUUUUUACCUGGUUGGCUAUGGGAUGCCUGCGCUCAUUGUGGCUGUGUCAGCCGCAGUAGACUACAGGAGUUAUGGAACAGAUAAAGUAUGUUGGCUCCGACUUGACACCUACUUCAUUUGGAGUUUUAUAGGACCAGCGACCUUGAUAAUUAUGCUUAAUGUCAUCUUCCUUGGGAUUGCUUUAUAUAAAAUGUUUCAUCAUACUGCCAUUCUGAAACCUGAAUCGGGCUGUCUUGAUAAUAUCAAGUCAUGGGUUAUAGGUGCAAUAGCUCUUCUCUGCCUGUUAGGAUUGACCUGGGCCUUUGGACUCAUGUAUAUUAAUGAAAGCACAGUCAUCAUGGCGUAUCUCUUCACCAUUUUCAAUUCUCUACAGGGAAUGUUUAUAUUCAUUUUCCAUUGUGUCCUACAAAAGAAGGUACGAAAAGAGUAUGGGAAAUGCCUGCGAACGCAUUGUUGUAGUGGCAAAAGUACAGAGAGUUCCAUUGGCUCAGGGAAAACAUCUGGUUCUCGAACUCCUGGACGUUACUCCACAGGCUCACAGAGCCGAAUUCGUAGAAUGUGGAAUGACACAGUCCGAAAGCAGUCAGAGUCUUCCUUCAUUACUGGAGAUAUAAACAGUUCGGCGUCACUCAACAGAGGGUCCUAUCUUCCCUGCAUUCAGGCGUGUGUAUCAUAUUUAGAGGGGCUUCUGAACAAUGCCAGGGAUACAAGUGUCAUGGAUACUCUACCACUGAAUGGUAACCAUGGCAAUAGUUACAGCAUUGCCAGCGGCGAAUACCUGAGCAACUGUGUGCAAAUCAUAGACCGUGGCUAUAACCAUAACGAGACCGCCCUAGAGAAAAAGAUUCUGAAGGAACUCACUUCCAACUAUAUCCCUUCUUACCUGAACAACCACGAGCGCUCCAGCGAACAAAACAGGAAUCUGAUGAACAAGCUGGUGAAUAACCUCGGCGGUGGGAGUGAAGAUGAUGCCAUUGUCCUGGAUGACGCCACCUCCUUUAACCACGAGGAGAGUUUGGGCCUGGAACUCAUUCAUGAGGAAUCUGAUGCUCCUUUGCUACCCCCAAGAGUUUACUCCGCAGAGAACCACCAGCCACACCAUUACACCAGAAGGCGGAUCCCCCAAGACCACAGUGAGAGCUUUUUCCCUUUGCUAACCAACGAGCACACAGAAGAUCUCCAGUCACCCCAUAGGGACUCUCUCUACACCAGCAUGCCGGCACUGGCUGGUGUGCCCACCGCAGAGAGCGUUACCACCAGCACCCAGACCGAACCCCCACCGGCCAAAUGUGGUGAUGCCGAAGAUGUUUACUACAAAAGCAUGCCAAACCUAGGCUCCAGAAACCACGUCCAUCAGCUGCACACCUACUACCAGCUAGGUCGCGGCAGCAGUGAUGGAUUUAUAGUUCCUCCAAACAAAGAUGGGACCCCUCCAGAGGGAAGUGCAAAAGGACCUGCUCAUUUGGUCACUAGUCUAUAGAAGAUGACAGAAAUUUAAACAAACAAAACUGCUAACACCUGGUUGACUGUUCGAGUUGAUAUAAACAGUGGUAAUAAUGUGUGUACUCCUAAAUCUUUAUGCUGUUCUUGAAAGACAAACAAAAACUCUGACUUCUUUUUUUUUUUUUUUUAACUGGGAUUUUUAGGUCAGCCCAGGGGAGAAAGAUAACUGGCGAAAUCCCCCUGUGCCCUAUCCUUUCCUGCCCUUUUCCCCCCUCAGAUGGAGACUUCAUUAUGUUAAUGAACGAGUUAUGAAGAAAAUGGCGCUCAUUGUGGCCUUGUUGAAUUAUGUUGUGUUUGUUCUAACAUCUCUGAUGCUCUGUUACUAUAAUUACAAGGACCUGCUUUUUAAAAGGCCAGAAGAGUUGUUUGAACUUAGUAACCAUGCUGCAUAUAGAUCGGAGUGCUGCACAAACAAACAUAAAGGCAAAAGCAAAACUGUAUCACGUAGCGGUUUUUAGUCACUCAUGACCUGAAUUCACCACAGCGGGAGUAGCUGUGGAACACAAAAUCAAACAACAAAAUUAAUAAUGAAAUGGAGGGGAAUUCUAGAAUUAUAUGCUAAAUGCAUAUUUUAUGAUUUGCUGUAUUAACUGAUGAUAAAACUAAUGGCAAAAGAAAAAUCGAACAAUUUCUAUGUAAUGUACAGAUACUAGCAUUGCACAUAUAGUCUGCUUUCUGUUCCUCCAGAAUUUGAGUCCUGUUAAUGUAGUGGAAAAAAAAGAAGUUUUCUUUUUCUUUCGUGCUGGUCUUGCAAGUUUGCCUACCAGUAAGAGAG